AUGCUGGAAGUUCUCAAAAUCGCGGUUCUGAUGGGAGUUCUCUUAUCUACUCAAAAUGGUUCACCCAGCAACGUUCGGGGCGCUCUUAAUGUGAAGGAUACUACUGGAGUUCGUCUCCUGAAUGCAUGUGAACCAGGUCCGAGCAAGCCUCAGCGUGAUGCUUACCUCCGUAGCAUCCCCGCCGUUCACCUCGAUACCAACGAGACGGAUCUGCGGCCGGUUCGAAGCCCACCGCGGAUGCUCGCACAAGAUCACACUGCUUAG